AAUGGCUCUGUCCAUGAUCAGCAGUACAGUGGCUCUUCUGGGACUGUGGUCACUUCCUUGCAUUUUGCUGAACUCUGAUCUGUAUGAGGAAUUAGUCUGGUCACAGAUUUAAAUUGUUUUAUAUUUUACUUAAGACUAGCUGUAAUUGCCUAAUUCAGUUUUUUCUUUUUUCUUUUUUUUUUAAUUCUAGGCUUUCUGCUCUGAAUGUGUUUCUUUGCAAAAUGAAUAUUGCAUCGUUUCACAAAGAUUGGACCCUCUGGUAGAAUUUGGAAAGAUCCCUGCACAUAAAUCAAGAGCUUAUUUUUCUUGAAGACUUCUGUGCAGCUUUUAAAGUUUUAUUCACAAUGAAUUCAGGCUUAUGGAGUCAAGAAAAAGCAAGUUCACACUAUUGGGAAGAGCGGACCUUUUACUUGCUUCUCCAAGAAUGCAGUGUCAUAGACAAGCAGACUCAAAAGCUCUUGAAAGUGCCCAAAGGUAGCAUUGGGCAGUUUUUUCAAGACCGUUCUUCUGUGGCACACUCCAGAAAUAUUCCAUGUAAAGGCAAGAAACUGCAGAUUGGAUUAAAGAUUCUGGAACAGCCUCAUGCAGUCUUAUUUGUGGAUGAAAAGGAUGUUAUAGAAAUAAAUGAAAAACUAGCUGAGUUGCUUCUGGCUAUUACUAACUGUGAGGAAAGAUACAGUUUGUUUAAAAGCAAAAGCAGGUUAGCUAAAGGUGUCCAAAUAGAUAUUGGCUCACCUGUUAGAGUACAGCUGAGAUCAGGGGAUGAAAAAUAUCCUGGAGUUGUUCGCUUCAAAGGACCCUUAAUGCAAGAAAGGUCCCUAACAGGGAUAUACUUUGGAGUAGAGUUGCUGGAAGAAGGUCGCGGUCAGGGCUUUACUGAUGGACAGUACCAAGGCAAGCAGCUUUUCAGAUGUGAUGAGGAUUGUGGGGUUUUUGUUGCUUUGGACAAACUGGAGCUGGUGGAAGAUGAUGACAAUGAACUGGAAAGUGACUAUGCAGCUCCAGUUGACGCAAUGCAGGUAGAACUUCCUCCUCUGGAGAUCAACUCCAGGGUUUCUCUGAAGAUAGGAGAGAGUAUAGAGUAUGGGACAGUUAUAUUCUGUGAUGUCUUACCAGGAAACGAAAGUUUAGGAUACGUUGUUGGAGUGGACAUGGAUAAUCCGAUUGGAAACUGGGAUGGAAGAUAUAAUGGAAUACAGCUGUGCAGUUUUGCAAGUGUUGAAAGUACACUUCUUUUGCAUAUCAAUGAUGUUAUUCCAGCUUUGUUCAAGACUGUGUCACAGGACAGGAGACCUCCCAAGCUUGCCUAUACCUCAAGAAGUGGUGACAAAAGCUUGUUCAAUCAUAGUAAGCCAAAGGCUAUAGGAUCUACCUCUGAACCUGGCAAUAGAAGCAGAUCUGAAGUCUUCUAUACAUUAAAUGGCUCAUCAGUUGACUCUCAGCCUCAAACAAAAACAAAAUCCCCAUGGUAUAUUGAUGAAGCUGCUGAAGACCCUUCUAAGUCACUUACUGAUUCAUCUCCUGGAUUUGGGCAUUCUUCACCACCACUGCAGCCACCUUUAACAAACUCUGUGUCUACAGAAAACAGAUUUCACUCCCUCCCAUUUAGCUUGACAAAAACAACAAGUACUAAUGGUACUAUUGGACAUAGUCCUCUCUCUUUAUCGGUUCAGUCUGUCAUGGGUGAUGUGAAUACUACAGCUGCCCAGGAGAGUCCAUCAACAGCAAGCCCAGUUGGAAACUCACAUGGUCUUGAAGCAGGUUCCUUGGCUGAAGUUAAAGAAAAUCCUCCUUUCUAUGGAGUAAUCCGCUGGAUUGGCCAGCCCCCUGGAGUAAAUGAAGUAUUGGCAGGACUGGAACUGGAAGAUGAAUGUGCAGGCUGCACAGAUGGAACAUUUAAAGGAACUCGAUACUUCACAUGUGCUCCAAAGAAAGCUCUUUUUGUUAAACUCAAAAGCUGCAGGCCAGAUUCCAGGUUUGCCUCACUCCAGCCUGUUUCCAACCAGAUUGAGCGCUGCAACUCUCUAGCCUUUGGAGGUUACUUAAGUGAAGUGGUAGAAGAAAACACUCCUCCAAAAAUGGAAAAAGAAGGUUUAGAGACAAUGAUUGGAAAGAAGAAAGGUAUCCAGGGUCAUUACAACUCCUGUUACUUAGACUCCACCUUAUUCUGCCUUUUUUCUUUUAGCUCUGUUUUGGACACUGUGCUACUCAGACCUAAAGAAAUGAAUGAUGUAGAGUAUUAUAGUGAGACUCAAGAGCUGCUGCGGACAGAGAUUGUGAAUCCUCUGAGAAUAUAUGGAUAUGUGUGUGCUACAAAAAUAAUGAAGCUGAGGAAAAUACUUGAAAAAGUUGAGGCUGCAUCAGGAUUCACUUCAGAAGAAAAAGAUCCAGAAGAAUUUUUGAAUAUUUUAUUUCACCAUAUUCUAAGAGUUGAGCCACUGUUGAAAAUAAGAUCAGCAGGUCAGAAAGUACAAGAUUGUUACUUCUAUCAAAUUUUUAUGGACAAAAAUGAGAAAGUUGGAGUCCCAACAAUUCAGCAGUUACUGGAGUGGUCAUUCAUCAACAGCAACUUGAAGUUUGCAGAGGCACCCUCUUGCCUGAUUAUCCAGAUGCCCCGGUUUGGAAAAGACUUCAAAAUGUUCAAUAAAAUUUUUCCAUCCUUGGAAUUAAAUAUAACAGACUUACUUGAAGACACUCCCAGGCAGUGCCGUAUCUGCAGAGGGCUCGCUAUGUACGAGUGCAGGGAGUGUUAUGAAGACACUGAUAUUUCUGCUGGCAAAAUCAAGCAGUUCUGCAAAACGUGCAAUACACAAGUUCAUCUUCAUCCCAAGAGACAGAGUCAUAAAUUCAACCCGUUGUCACUUCCCAAGGACCUGCCAGACUGGGACUGGCGGCACGGCUGCAUCCCCUCGCAGAAGAUGGAGCUGUUUGCAGUGCUGUGCAUCGAGACCAGCCACUACGUGGCCUUUGUCAAGUACGGCAGGGACGACUCGGCCUGGCUCUUCUUCGACAGCAUGGCAGACCGGGAUGGAGGUCAGAAUGGCUUUAACAUUCCACAAGUUACCCCGUGUCCAGAAGUUGGUGAAUACCUGAAGAUGUCUCUAGAAGAAUUGCACUCACUGGAUUCAAGGAAAAUCCAAGGUUGUGCACGAAGACUGCUUUGUGAUGCUUACAUGUGCAUGUAUCAAAGUCCAACGAUGAGUUUAUACAAAUGA